AAUUUGAGUAGAAACAAAUGCAAUGGUGCCUACUUUGGAAAAUUCACCUCUUUUUGGAGUACGUCAUCUGCAGGCUCUGCUGCUAUUCUUCAACAUUGUUGUUGUCUAUAUUUGUCGUCUGAACGUCUCAGUAGCUGUAGUCGCAAUGACCAAUGCCAACACAACAAAUCCAGAUUUUCCGGAAUACGACUGGAACGAGCAGCACAAAUCGUACAUACUCUCUAGUUUCUACUGGGGUUACGUGUUCACACAAUUCCCCGGCGGUUAUCUGAGUCGCCACUACGGCGCCAAAAUUACCAUUCUCAUCGCCACACUAGGCUCUGCUGUUUGCAGCCUCAUUACGCCCCUCUGUGUACGCCUUGGCGGUUGGCCCAUCUUUUGCGCCAUACGCUUACUGCAGGGUUUAUUUCAGGGUGUCAUCUUUCCCGCCAUACACGACCAUCUCGCCAAGUGGUCUCCACUGCAUGAACGCAAUCUCUUAGGCGCGCUCAGCUUGUCUGGCACCGAUUGCGGCACUGUUAUAGCGCUGGCAUCUAGCGGUCUCAUCGCCAGUAGCUCCAUAGGAUGGCCUGGAAUUUCCUAUGUAUCUGCGUCGGUCUGCCUUGUUUGGUGCGUAUUUUGGCUUGUGUUUGGCGCGGAUAAUCCGCCAUCAUCGAAGUUCAUCUCACCGCAGGAGUGCAAGUACAUUGAGACCUCACUUGAGCGCAACGAUGGUUUUCAUCAGCAAAAAAUUCCAGUGCCUUGGCGUGCAAUCUUCACUUCUGUGCCUUUUUUAGCCUUUCUAGUGGGGCGUUGUGCUGAGGCUUGGGGUUUUACUACCCUACAAGCACAAAUACCCUCUUACAUGAAUGGUGUUUUACAUAUGGAAAUCAAGAAGAAUGGACUCUUUUCGGCACUACCCUACCUGACAAUGUGGAUAUCAUUGUAUGUCUACUUGGCUAUAGCGAAUUUUCUCACCAAGGGGAAUAUUCUUUCGCUGACUGCGAUGCGCAAGACGAUCAACACAGUUUCGCUUUGGAUACCAGCACUUUUACUUAUCGGUAUAGGUUUCUUGGACUCGAGCCAACAAGCGUGGGCCAUUGCGCUGAUGACACUUAAUGUGGGCAUAAAUGGUGGCUCCACCAUCGGUUGUACACUGAAUACGAUCGAUCUGGCACCCAACCAUGCGGGCAUUCUCAUGGGCUUAUCAAAUACUAUUGUGAAUAUUGUGCCGAUCUUGUCACCGCUACUUGUAGGCGUAAUUGUGACUGAUAAGCAUAAUCGCACGCAAUGGCAAAUUAUAUUCGCAAUCGCUGCAGUGAUUUUCUUUCUGGGCAAUCUGGUCUACAUUAUUUGGGGCACUUCAGAGACUCAACCGUGGAACGCGUCUGACUUUGAAAGUGAAAGCGACUUGGAGAAAGCAGCGCAUAAGCAAACAGGUACAGAGGCAACAGUAAAAAAGGAGGGAAUAAAGGAGAAACAAGAGGCUGUCGAAAGUGGCAAUGUUGUAGAGAGAACAAGACUUUGAAAUACUCUUUUAAAAUAAUAUUUAGUUAAGUUAUAUUAUUAGUAGUAUUUAAAUAUAUUUAUAAUAAAUGAAUGCGUGAUCUGUAUAUCUUAGAUGGAUAUAAGCUUUAUCGUUAUUGUUGUUCAUAAGAAUUCAUUUAUGUAUUUGUUUGUCAAAAACAAGUUCAUUACAUAUUGAAGUCAUUUAGCCAUUGCAUUUGUAAUAAAUAGGCAGGAAACAUAAUAAAGUUAUAAUAAAG